AUGACAAACAUCGUGGAAAAUUUUGCAUUUAUCGGUUUGGGUGCUAUGGGCUACGCCAUGGCAAAGAAUAUCCGCAGAAAAAUGGCACCGACCGGAACACUUUAUAUUUUCGAUGUCUUUCGCCAUGCCUGUGAGCGAUUCCAAAAUGAGUUCAAAGAGUUUGGCCCAGUUGUGAUCGUCGACUCGCCACGGGAGGCGGCUGCACUAUCCCAAACGGUCGUUUCUAUUGUCCCCGGACCCGAGGAAGUGCAACAAGUCUAUCUGAACGAUAUUUCAGGCAUAGUCGCCGCCCCCAAGAACCAAGAUCGAUUGAUAAUGGAGUGCAGCACUAUAGAUUCCCAAUCCAGCCGAGAUGUCGGGGAGGCACUCAGAGCUGCGGGCGCAGGAAUAUAUAUCGACACCCCUGUUUCGGGUGGAGUUCCUGGUGCAGAUUUGGGAACAUUAUCCUUCUUGAUCGGACACAACAAGCCCUCUGAUACCGAUCCGGUCUCUGAUCGACUAGAGAAAGUCGCAGCGAUGAUGGGAAAUCCAAAGAAAUUCUUCUACUGCGGAAGGCUAGGAGCUGGUCUGGCAGCAAAAAUCAGCAACAAUUAUUUGUCUUGUUCCAUUCUGUUGGCAGUUGCGGAGGCGAUGGCUAUUGGUAUUAGAUCAGGUGUUGACGAGAAGCUUCUCCAUGACGUGAUACAGAAUUCGACUGGCCAAAGUUUCAUGGCUGAUGUCGUUCAGCCGGUUCCAGGAGUUGUGCCUGAUGCUCCUAGUAGCAAUAAUUACAGACUGGGAUUUAAGACGCAGAUGAUGAUCAAAGAUUUGGGUCUAGGUGUCAAGGCAGGGUACGCAACGGGAAUCAAACCUACCAUCGCAGAGGCCGCUUAUCGGGUUUACGAGAAGGCUGCCGUCGAUCCACAGUGCAUCGACCGGGACGGGUCGUCUGUAUAUCUACAUAUCACUGCCCCUCCAAAGGAUAAUCAGGAAUAG